UGACGGACAGACAGGUGGUGAGGGUUCCAGUGGAAAGCUGUGAGCAGUACUCCACUUGUGGGGAGUGUUUGGGCUCCAGAGACCCUCACUGUGGAUGGUGUGUCCUCCACAAUGUGUGCUCCCGUAAGGACCGCUGUGACCGGGGGGCGGAGCCUCAGAGGUUUUCCUCUGAGCAGAAACAAUGUGUGGAGCUCAGAGUUCAGCCCAACAACAUCUCAGUCACCAUGUCGGAGGUCCAGCUGGUCCUCCAGGCCCGUAAUGUGCCCGACCUCUCGGCGGGGGUCAACUGCUCCUUCGAGGACCUGGUGGAGACGGAGGGCCGGGUCCAGGGGCCGCUCGUGUUCUGCCGCUCGCCGUCGGUCCGCGACGUCAUCCCCAUCACCCGGAACCAAGGGGACCAGCGGGUGGUGAAGCUCUACCUGAAGUCCAAGGAGACGGGCAAGAAGUUCGCCAGCGUCGACUUCGUCUUCUACAACUGCAGCGUGCACCAGUCCUGCCUCUCCUGUGUGGACGGACCCUUCCCGUGUCACUGGUGUAAAUACAGACACCUGUGCACCCACAACGCCAACGACUGCUCCUUCCACGAGGGCCGCGUCAACGGCUCCCAGGACUGCCCUCAGAUCCUCCCCUCCACCCAGAUCUUCAUCCCCGUCGGCGUGACGAAGGCCAUCACGCUGGCCGCCAGGAACCUGCCGCAGCCGCAGUCGGGCCAGAGGAACUACGAGUGUGUGUUCCACGUCCAGGAGGAGGUGCUCAUGGUGCCCGCGCUGCGCUUCAACAGCACCUCCAUCCAGUGCCAGAGGACCGCGUACAACUACGAGGGCAACGACAUCAGCGACCUGCCGGUCAACCUGUCGGUGGUCUGGAACGGGAACUUCGUCAUCGACAACCCGUUCAACAUCCAAGCCCACCUGUAUAAGUGCUACGCCCUGAGGGGGAGCUGUGGCAUGUGCCUGAAGGCCAACCCUCGCUUCGAGUGUGGCUGGUGCGUCCAUGACAGGAAGUGCUCCCUGAGGCAGGAGUGCCCCCCCGUGGCGAGCAGCUGGAUGCACGCCGCCACGGCCGGCAGCCGCUGCGCCCACCCCAAGAUCCUCAAGUUGUCCCCGGAGACGGGCCCCCGGCAGGGCGGCACCAUGCUGACCAUCACGGGGGAGAACCUGGGGCUCCACUUCAAGGACAUCCUGAGCGGCGUCCGCAUCGGGAAAGUGGCGUGCAACCCGCAGGAGGACGAGUACAUCAGCGCCGAGCAGAUCGUGUGCCGGCUGAACGACGCCACCGGCUACCGGGUGCAGGAGGCGCAGGUGGAGGUGUGUGUGAGGGACUGCAACAACCCCGACUACAAGGCCGUGUCCACCAAGGCCUUCACCUUCGUGUCUCCGUACUUCACCCGCGUGGUGCCGUCCACCGGGCCGUUGUCGGGGGGAACCAGGAUCACCAUCGAGGGGAGUCACCUGGACGCCGGCAGCGCCGUGUUCGUGAAGAUCGGCCUGCACGCCUGUCGCUUUGAGAAGCGGAGCCACAAGGAGUUGGUGUGCGUGACCCCUGGGGGUCAAAGCUCCGGCUCCACGCCGGUGAUGGUGGACAUCAACGACGCCGAGCUGCGGAACCCAGAGGUCAAGUUCAACUACUCCGACGACCCCACGGUGCUGCGCAUAGAGCCCAACUGGAGCAUCGCCAGCGGAGGCACCAUGGUGACGAUCACCGGAACCAACCUGGCCACCAUCAGCGAGCCCAGGAUGAGAGCCAAGUACGGAGCCACCCAGUCCGAGAAUAACUGCACGGUGCUCAACAACACGGUGAUGGUGUGUCUGGCGCCCCCUGUGGCCGGCGGGGGGAACGUGUUCCUGGAGGCGGGCAGCGCCCCGGAGGAGCUGGGCUUCGUGAUGGACGGCGUGCGCUCCGUGCGGACGCUGAACCUGAGCUUCAGCUACCACCCCGACCCGGAGCUGGAGCCGCUCAGCGCCAGCGGCGUGCUGGAGCUCAAGCCCGGCUCGCCGCUCAUCCUCAAGGUGAGCCUCCUCUCUCCUAGCGGCCUCCUCUUGACGCCUUCCUCCAGAGCUGCGUCUGUGUGA